AUGAUUUGGGCUUUGACUAAUAUUGCUUCGGGGACAUCUGAACACACAAAAGUGGUGAUUGAUCAUGGUGUUGUUCCAAUAUUUGUGAAGCUUCUUGCAUCUCCAAGUGAUGAUGUUAGAGAACAUGUUGUAUGGGCUUUAGGAAAUGUUGCUGGUGAUUUCCCUAAAUGUCAUGACCUUGUACUUGCACAAGGUGCUUUGAUUCCUCUACUAUCCCAAUUAAAUGAGCAUGCUAAGUUAUCCAUGUUGCGAAAUGCCACAUGGACACUUUCAAAUUUUUGCAGAGGCAAACCACAGCCUUCUUUUAGUCAGACAAAACCUGCACUUCCAGAUUUACAGCAACUUAUUCAUUCAAACGAUGAAGAAGUUUUGACAGAUGCUUGUUGGGCUCUUUCAUAUCUUUCAGAUGGCACAAAUGAUAAAAUCCAAGCUGUUAUUGAAGCAAAUGUAUGUCCAAGAUUGGUUGAGCUAUUGAAGUGA